CGCGCCGGACCCUAACGGCCACCAACCGCCGCGCUCCCCUCAGCGCCGGGCGGGCGGACGGACGGACUGACUGACGGACGGACUCACCGAGGCGCAGGGGCUGGAGGUGGCGCUGGGGAGUCUCACAUCUGGUUAAUACAGCCCUCAGUUCAGCUUGUAAUGGACUGGUGACAGUUCUGGACUCCGUGACCCUUGACUCCAAAGUCAUGUGAUGCCAUGAUCUAAGUUCAGCACAGACGAGUCUGUUGGGCUGCCAAAGCCAAAAGACAACCUACAGCAAUUCUGAGUCGUGGAAGAGACAUAGCAACCUUUGGGAUUAUUGCUUAGCAACUGCAAACACACAGAGGAGCAAAACUCACAGCCUGGCUCCACAGCAGGUCACUGCUGCAUCUUUUGGCGUUAUAUAUCACGCUGCUUUCGUUCUGGGUCACCGUGACUGACGUAUGGCUGCGCAGCCAGAAGCAGCCCAAAGGGCAGGCCCAAAACAUCCCAAACUUGGAGGUGAGAAUAGGACUGCCACAGGAAGGAAGAGGAAUCAGGGGAAUGAUGAGCUGCCGUAUCUUAGUAAUUAUGCUCCGUGGAAAGAGUGUUUUUACGAAAAGGUGCAGCAGAGGUGCCUGAGACUGCAGGAGACAAAGGUGAAGAUGAUUCGGGCACAAAAGGCGAAAGAAGAAAAGAUAAAGAGGAGAGAACCCUGGGACUGGCUGUCCAAGGCGUGGUUCAGUGAGGAGAAGGAGUCCCUAGAUACUCGCAUCUAUUUGCUUGACAAACUCCUACCUACGUUAAUCCCAGGAAUGGAAAAACUGUUAAUGGAAGUGGAAAGAAAGAACGUGCUUGCACCAGACAAAGAACCAACCAAGUUUAACCCCAUUAAUUUUCUUGGAGAAUAUCUGAUGAGACAUAACCCUCGGUAUAGUAUUUCUGCAAAACCAGGCCCGUACGUGAGAGGAAUGAAGAUGGUCACGGAGGAGCUGAAAUCUGAGGUGCCAGGUACAACAUCAGAGAGGCUGGCCAGGAUGAAGUCUGAGGCAAAGAGCAAACGUAAGGAAAGGGAGCAGGUGGACAAUCUGAAGUCUCAGGUGAAAGAGAUGAGAAAGGAGGCGCUGGCAAUUCAGUUCAAAGAGUGGACGGUGGAUGUCAAUGGCAGAAUACCGAUUGCACUGGUUCAGAGCGCCCUGAGGUCUUUCCCAGAUGUCAUUGCUUCCAAUCCCAUGGACGUGAGAAAAGCAAUCUAUGCCAGGAAGCUGGAAAUCAUAGACACAUUGGGAAAAAAAUUAAACAUAGAUGAAUUCACAGAGUAUGUCCAUUCCUACACUGAACAUUUUUCAAAUGACCUGUUCCAAGAAAUCCUGCAGCAUCUCUGCCAGUGUGCUGAUAACUUCCAAGGCGCAAUAAGACGUGAUAUGUGGAGGCAAAUGUUUACUGAUCUCUUCCUAGACUGCGAUUAUGGAAAGGUUGGUCUCUUGGACAGGCGAAAAAUACUUGCCCUACUGGCAGACUUCUAUGACAGAAGCCCGGUGAUCGCUAAGAGGGGAUUCUGUAACCCAAGACAGUGGCCAAUAAUUGAGCUGCAAGAGAUUGAGCUUGCAGAUUUAUGGGGAGGCCUUGAUGACCAGGAGGGUUGUGAGGAACUCAGUGAAAAGUUAGUCUUGUCUCCAGCAGGAAUCUCUGAGGGAGAGAUUUUAGCAUGUCAGCCUGUAGAAGACAAUAGACAAAGCACAAACACAAUGAGAACUAGUGUCAGAGGAGGUCUUUUUGAACAAAUGGGCAUGAGGGAAGCUGAGACUGGAGGAAUUUCUAAGGCAGAACACCAAGCACCAGAAUCAAGUGAUGCUGAAGUGAGAAAGGAAGGGGAAGGCGCUGUGUCAGCAGUGAAAAGCACUGAUUUUAAAGCCAGUGAUUUGGAUGGAGAUACAAUACCUAGUGAGAAAUCCUGUUUCCAUGAAGACAUCAAAACUGGGAGGCAAACGGAGUCUGCAAGCGCAGACAAAGAGGAGGAAGCUUUCCCAGGAUCAGCCUCCACUGGGUACAGUCUCAGUAGAGGUGGAGAACCUGGAUGUGAAAAACAGGUGGAGGAAGAGGAAUUUAGUCAGGGUGGAGAGCCUGAAAGAGAAACAAAUAGGGAAGGAGAUUGUCGUAUCUCGGACAGAGAACCUGGCUCAGAAGGGCAAGUUAGUCGGGAGAAGGACAACUGCAUUGCAGAGGCAACCCACACAAUUUCAGAACCAACACCUGAAGCUAUAACCAUGACCUUGGAAGACAGAGCUGUGGCAGACGUGGACAUCAUUGCUUCAAAACAGGCUGCUCCAGUCGCAGAGGUUGUGAAAGAAACUCCUGCAAGAACAGACACUUUUUCUAGGCGGCAUGGCAGCCAGUUUGGCCAACAGACAAGCUCCGAGACAAGACCGCAGGAUGAGGAUCUUCUGCAAGACCAAAGUAAAGGUCCAGCACACUCAGACAGACAGGAUUCUCCAGCUGAAGCUAGCCAGGAGUUUGAAGUGCCAUGGUCAGGUGACCUUCUGACUUCUGACCUAAGUUGCAGGUAUAGCAGCUAUGGAGAGAGAAUUCCAGAGGACUGGAAGUGUGAGAACACUAGAUUUCCAGACUUACAUCCCAUCAUGGCAGAGAUUCAGAACCGCUGGGCUUCUUGUACUAGGAGUGCCUUUGAUGAAAGCUGCCUCAACCUGCCACAGUUUGUACAGCUCAUGGAGACAUUUGUUGGUGAAGACAUUUCUCUGCCUACGGUGAAGAGGCUUAUUGCAUUUAUCAGAGAAGAAUACAAACAGACAGAGGAGGAAAAAAUGGAACAACUAGAGAAAGUUCACCACAUCUCUCGCUUGGCCCAACGCAAACUGCUUCUGGAGGCACUUUUUGAAAAGUGGGACAAAAAUGCAUCUGGGUUUCUGGACCUGGAAGAAGUGGAUGCUGUUCUGAGCACAUUCAAGGAAGGGAUGGAAAAAGAGGCCUUGAGGAAGGCAAAGAAACACCUUUGCUCCCGUUACCCACAGCUCAGCAGAGUGGGGAAGCUAUCCCCAAAGGCAUUCCAGACUUUCCUUGAGUUAGUCGCUUCUGAGUUCACUGGUGAUGAGGAUGAAGCUAUUGAUAAUUUGGUGGAAUUUCUGACCACAAGCGUGGAACGAAGUCGCAUGGAGUGCCUGCAAAGCUUAGCCAGGAGGAAAUGGCUGUACAAUAUCCAGCAAGCAGCUGAGACCAGCGGAGCAAGCAUGGAACCGGUUUAUAAAGCAGUGUUUAAGGCCCUCUCCCAGGAUGCAGAAGCCCACGGGGAUAACAAGAAGAUCAGCGCUUAUAUUGCCCUUUUGGAAGAGAACCAGCUCUCACCGGAGCGGGGACAGAUUCUCCUACACUACGUGGCAUGUACCGCAGAUGAUGCUCCAUAUGUUCUAAACCAAAUACUUUACAGAGACAUGAAAGGAGUAAGCUUUGCAGCUGUUGAAGAGGGAAAGCCAAUCCAUGUUCCAAGAGUUCAGCUCCACGGAAAUAUCCACUUCUGGAACUACGACCGCCCAGUGGAGGAGAGAAGAGGUUCACUCCUGAUACUGCCAUUGCACGAUGUGCGCUGGAAAGUCUUCGGCAUUCUGGGCCUUGACACUCUUCGGGACCAGCGUGAGAAAACCAUCUUUCUGACCCACGAGAUCAGUUUCUAUCAGGGAGUUUCUCAGGCGUUCAGCAAAGCCUACCACCAUGUCUGCAGACUGGAAAAUAUUCUACAGAUGACUGUUACUGCUCUGGACUGGUUGUAUCCCAGGACACCCAGCAUCCACGCCAUUGUUAUGUACCUGGUGGAGCCUGGCAAAGACAAGACACGUGACUACGCUCUGCGCAAGGUGACUACUACAGAUAAUACAGGACAAAAAGAAAUUCAUAGCUCUCCUGUUCUUCUCCUCAGAAAAGAAAACCUCUUAAGAAACUUGAUGACAAUUUGAUUCAGGAGAUUUAUCACUUUGAUCCAACUGCUGCAUCUGUGCAAGUUCAAGCAGAGCUGCUGCUGGACUGCAUCACUGGCGUUCCGAGAGCGGCGGAGUGGCAGCACGGCUCAGCUCCAGCCCAGUGCCUGUGCACCUGGGUGCUCACCUGCCUCUCCCUGGCAGAGAUUGUGAGUAAAC